AUGGCGACUAAUCCGAUCCGGCUAACCGGAAAAAACUUCAAGCAGGGGAAGAGGUAUCAGCCGCAGAAAGUAAUUGAAUCGGGGAAGUUGCGAGUUUUCGCUAUCCCCAGACAGAACUUUUCCUUCUUCAAGAUAGCACUUACUGGCCGUGAUAUGAUAAGCAUAAAAAUCUCCGUCCAUGUGAGGCCGGCGAUAUGGAUGAAAUGUAUCCCCGUCUGUGGUAGGAAUCGAGCCAAGCGCUACUUUCAGGCUCUACUAACAGAAUUCCCGGCUUUUAGUCAUCGCUCUGUGAAGGAGUGGGCGAAUAAACAUCCGGCAAAGGCACAGCUAGCGCACGGGAGGUGA